AUGAGGUUGAAACGUAAUACUGAUAAAGACGUGGUACAGUCUAGGUUAAAUAUAGGUGGUGGUAGUGAUGAUAGUACACCUAGUAUUGCAACUUGGACUUAUAAUCAUGCUAGGCUUCACAAAAGAGUUUUGCCUUUUAAGAAUGUGCCACCACCACAUUCUAGGGAGGUUCUUUGUAGGGAGUUGAUUAAAGUGAUGGAUGAUUGGGGUAUAAGGGAUAAGGCUAUAUCAAUUUCUGUUGAUAAUGCUAGUGCAAAUGAUAAUUGUAUUGCUAGGUUGAAGAGAUAUUAUUCUGGUAGGAGAAAUCUACCACUGAAUGGAAAGUUGUUUCAUGUGAGAUGUUGUGCACACAUCUUGAAUUUGCUGGUUCAAGAUGGUCUUGAUAUGAUUAAGGAGACUGUUGAUAAAAUAAGAAAUUGUGUCAAAUACUUGUUAAAUUCUGAAACUAGAUGCAAAGCUUUCAAGAAAUUUAUUGAUGAGUUGCAACUUGAAGGCAGAAAACAGAUGUUGGGUACUAAGACUAGGUGGAACUCCACUUGGUUGAUAUUGUCCACUGCAUACCAUUACAGAGAUGUUUGGCCUAGAUAUGCUGAAGAAAAUGAUGUUCAUGAUAUUUGCAAGUUUUUGGAAGUUUUUGCUGAUGUUACUUCUAUUAUUAGUGGUACAUCUUACCCUACUGCUAACUUGUUUUUGGAUGAGUUGUACAGGGUUAAGGUUUUACUUGAUAAACCUGCAAGUAUAUCUAAUAAUCCCCAUCCACAGGCCCUUGCUAAUGAGAUGAAGGUGAAAUAUGACAAAUAUUGGUCCGAGUCUAACACAUUGAUUUCUAUUGUGCUGUUCUAG